AUGCUGCGCCGCCCCAUUGCUGCAGAGGCCCUCGUUGCAAGAACACUCAUUGUGUCACACAGCGCUCCUGUGUCACACAGCGCUCCUGUGUCACGCCAUACAGCCCGCAUGCCCCGCCCCCUCGCCACCUGCACAGCAGCCGUCUCUCUCCCGCUCGCUCCCCGUGCCUCUCCCACUCUGCACCUCCUGCCAUUUCGCACUGCCCACUCAGUAACCAGCCUUCCCUGCACACACACCCGGCACAAUCAGCACACCCGGCACACCCAGCACACGGGCAGCAGGCAAAGCUCUCGCACGCAGCACACACAGCAGUGCCGCAGCAGCAACCACGCCUUUGUGCCGCCGUCACCAUCAGGUACCGGCGUGCCCCCUUCCAACCACCGAGCACACGAGGGGCGAGUGAGUGCCAUCCGCUCUCCACUGCACACCGUCUGCGCCGCCACGAGCCGACAGGGUGGGGGUAUGGCCGGGACUGCUGCUGACUCUGCAGCAGGUGGGGCUGCAGCAGAGCAGCCAGCUGGGCCAAGCGGUGCGGAGGGUGUAGAGAGGACUGCAGCACAGGGGGUAGCAGAGGGAGGCGCCACAGGCGGGCUGGAGUUUAGUGGGGCAGGGGAUGGGGCACUGCAGGGGAGCGGGGAGGGGCAGGGGCAGGCGCAGGGCGAGGGGGAGGGGGAGGGGGAGGGAGUGGCGGGGGAAGAGGAGGAGGCGUUGGUGCAGCACGUGGUGAUCCGGCGCGACCUGGUGGAGGCGCUGCAGUGGCCGCUGGGGUCCGUCAUCACACAGGGCUGCCAUGCCACUGUGGCCGUGCUGUGGCAGCACCGCCACCACCCCAAUGUGCUCAAGUACUGUGGGCAGCUUGACUCCAUGCGCAAGGUGGGUGCGGUGAUGCCGUGUGGGAAGGGUUAA